CUUUGGUAGGAUUCUUCCAACGGAUAAAACCACGCGUUGCCUCUAUGAAACAGGCUCGAACCCCUGACGCAAAAUGCCUAUCACCUAUAUUGCUCAGAAGUACGUCGACUACGAAGCGUUGGUCAACCUGUUGGCUUCCAAAUUCGUCGCAGGCACGUAUAGCAUCAAGGAGAGCAACGAUCAAUACUUGAUUACGGCAGAAAGAAAGCUGACAGAGGGCGAGAUUGUGAGCGUCUCGACACAAAACGAAGAUUAG